AUGGAAACCAGCAACAACAACAGCCAAGAAUUUCAUUUCUUCUCCCAGCUGCCCACGGAGUUGAGACUUGCCAUCUGGCGGAUAUGCCUCCCCAACCGCGUUGUUGAAAUAGACUAUCCCUGGGACGAAGGCGGUGUCUUCGGUCCUGAUCCGCCGUCAUGCAAGCUACAGCAAACGACUAAUCUUAACCGACGCGCACCAACGAUUAGCCGAGUAUGCCAUGAGUCGCGCCUUGUCGCCUUUGAAGUUGGGCAUUUUCGCAAGAAGGAUUCGACACUAGAAGAGGUGCCGUGGAUAUCUAAUAUCUGCGUUAACAAAACAUGGAUCGACCCCUCUCGUGAUAUAAUACACUUGAAUUGGACACCCGCCUACAGUGCGGGAUACUACGGUGACGGAAGCGCUCUCGACUAUUUAGCUUGGACUGCAGCUAAGGCUCGCGGGGGCUCUUUUAUGUUUGAUUAUCUUGAUAAUUACUUCGAUGGCGAUGUCGAUAUAGGAGAAAGGAUUGGGGCUCUCAGGAAACUACAAAACGGAGUUAUUGUGAUGCGUAUUAUUGUUGUGCAUACUACCUUCGAGAAUGCGGUGAAGACAGGAUUGUUUGGACUUCUCGGUGAUGCCUGCAUUCAGCUUGUCGAUAUAUCCGACGAGACGAGACUAAAUGCCUUUUUCGACUUUGCAGAGAAAUGCGAAUCUGAACCUAACGGAUAUAUUACUAGGAGGCAAGACUUCCACAGAGAGACUCCAGAGUCAGUCAAGAAACUCCUCAACGACCGCCUCACAUAUACAUUUAAUGCCCAAGCUGCUCGGACGUUGCUUCUCCGUCCGGCUAUUAUGUUCAGAUUCUGCCCGUACUGGUGCAACCAUUCUAUCGGAGAUCUGCGAAGAGCUGAAGAUGUCGCCAAUGAACGUAACGGCAACGGAAUGAACAGGGGACCCGGGGGUCGGCAAAGUUUCAGAGCUUUUAUGGAAUCUUUGCACCCGCGGUAA